AUGCUGUUUGCCGUCUUCUUCGCCUUUUGGCGAUUUAUGCAGAUCCUCACUCUGAUUCCGACAAUGGGAAUGCUUGCAUACUUCGUCCACGGCUACGUGCAAGUCAAUGCUCUUACGCCGAAUUACAUCCUCGUGCUCUUCAUCGUCUCAGUGCUUGCGCUCGCAUGGGCCAUCUUCACCCUGUUCAGCUACCACCGCUCCUCAACCAACGCCCUCUUCGUCUCCGUCAUCGACCUUGGUUUCGUCGGCGCCUUUAUCGCCGCCGUGUGGUACUUGCGUUUCAUCGCGAAGGCUGAUUGCACACAUAUACAACGGGGCGACACGUACGAUGCCAGCUUCGGCAUCUUCGGUUCGGCCUCUAUUAAUGGCCUCGAUGUCUCGACCGACAAGACUUGCGCCAUGCUCAAGGCCUGCUUCGCCUUCGGUAUCAUGAACUGCAUAUUCUUCUUUUUCACCGCCGUUCUGGCUUGGUUCCAUGGCGACCGCACUGCAACCAGCGAUCGAAAAUCGUAUGUUCACGAGACGCACUACCACCGCCACGGCCACCGACACAGCCGGAGCCCCCACAGCCGACGCAGUUCGCACUCGCACCGUCGUGUCUACGUAUAA